CACUGGCCGGAUGCUGCGCAAGCAGAUGCAAAUAGACUUAUAUUUGAUAGACGUAGUCAAACGAAUUGUUCAGAAACUGAAAAAUUAAUCUUCACAUGGAUUUACUUAAGACUUGUAUUAUUUUGCUUUUUAUUGUAGCGUUUUAGACGUUGCUUACUUAUAUAUCGUGUUUUAUCCUUGUGUUAUUGUUAGUAUGAAGGGUGCGUGUGUAUGGACGUUGGUGUCUGUUUGUGUGUUGUGUGUGUGUGUUGCCUAUAAACCGGUGAUCGUCGUUCACGGGCUCUUCGAUAGCUCAGCUGACUUUGCCCACCUACACCGAUUCAUCAACCUGUCUCACCCAGGCACUAAUGUCACUGUCCUGGACCUGUUUGACCGCAGUGCCAGCCUGCAGCCCCUCUGGAAACAGGUGGAGGGCUUCACAGAAGCCAUAUAUCCCAUCAUGCAGAAUGCAGCUGAUGGUGUCCACCUGAUCUGCUACUCACAAGGUGGCCUGGUAUGUCGAGGAAUUCUGUCCACUCUCCCAGACCAUAAUGUACAUUCUUUCAUUUCUCUGUCUGCUCCACAGGCAGGACAGUAUGGAGACACAGACUAUCUGAAGUACCUGUUCCCUCAGUUUGUCAAAUCCAACUUGUUUCAUGUGUGCUAUACUGCAGUGGGCCAGAAAAUAUCAAUCUGUAACUACUGGAAUGACCCUCAUCACAGAGACAUGUACAUCAACAGCAGUGACUAUCUGGCCUUACUGAACAAUGAAAGACCAAACCCCAACUCCACUGCUUGGAAACAAAACUUCCUGCGUAUUAAGAAGCUAGUACUGAUUGGCGGCCCUGAUGAUGGGGUAAUCACACCAUGGCAGUCAAGGUCGGGUAAAAUCCAUCUGUUCGCUUUU